UACGGACAAUGGAAAUAAACUUUAUUGGGUAGACUGAAAAGUGAGUUAAGAAAUAUCGUUUUUGUAUUUUAUAUUUUCAUUAUUUUUUUCUAAAAAUUUUGACAAACGCCUGACUAUAUGGACGGGAAAUUAACAGAUAUGUCAAGGUUUCUGAUCACCUUUCUGGAUCUUUUCAGUCUGCUACUAGAAACUAGAAGCUUUAUAAACUAAGAAAGGAAGAAGAUUCAAUAUUCCUUAAUUAUUGGUUCAGUUCUUUUCCUCUUUCACGGUGAAAUGACAUUUUUCUUCAUAAUGUUAACAUAAAGUCCCAAAACUUGCGAUCUUUCUCUCGUGCCGAAUAUUGAUUAUUAUAACUUUCUUUUUCAUGUUAUUCCGCUGGUCUUCUUCUUACAGUGAAAGACUGUUAAUCAGAAAGUUAUUUCCAAUGAUUUCUAAUAACAGCACGUUUCGGCUUGAGCUGCUAAAAAUCGCAUGCAGAAAUAGGUAGCAAAUUUUUGUCCAGGCAUCUGUCUUCUAAAUUUCUUUUUUUUUACAUUUAACCUUUUGGUUUACCCUCUGUUUAUUUAUUUGUUUGCGAUCUGCUGUAUUUACUUUUCACUGUUUGUUUUGAACUGACUUUUUGUUUGUUUACAAUACUUGGGUUUCUAAAGUAUAUAUAGGAAGAGAGACUAUUAUUAUGUCCUUUCUCUCUAUUAGCCCAACUGACUUUUGAAAUGGUCAAAAUGAAGAUUAUCGAAGCGCCCUCUGUCAUACUAUUCUCUCUUCAUAAGCUAGCUAAAUCUUGUAAGGCAUUUUUAAAUAAAUAUGCCCUUCAUCCUAUAAAAACUUUAUUCCCAAACAAAGCUGAACCAGAAAGAAGUCCUAUAUUCUCGGAAAUGCCUGCAUUUGCUGACAAGUCUACUGAUUCAGUCGAAUAUGCCAAAUCCGAUAAUCAGAAAUACCAAGGAUCACAAACCGCUCAGGCUGCUUUGGUUGAAACUGAAAAUAUGGAAACUACCGAUGAGACUGGAGCAAAUUACGAAAAUACCUUCAUGAAAAUAAAUUAUAACUUACCAAUGGAAGAGUCAAUAGAAGUUGAUUCAGAAGAAGUUUUAAUCAAAAGUGAAAGUGAUGUUAACUUUAGCAAUAAAUCUGUCUUAGACUGUUCAUUUUCAGUCACAACAGAUGCCAUCGCUAACACGAAGUUAACAACGUCUUCUUCGGAUUUUUCCAUAAAUGAAAUGGAUCUCAUAGAUCCAGCUAUGAUUGAACAAUCCUUCAUGAACAUCUUAUAUAAAAACGUUGGUCCUUUUGAUACGGAUGAAGACUGUGUUGAAAAAAGUAAUAUCUAUCUUGAAGAAAAGAGAGCAAAUAGUGACACGAAGAAUAUCUUGACUGAGCAGAAGAAUGUCGCCGAAUAUAGAAACCGUGAAAAAUCAAAUAUAGAUUACGAACCGAAAUCAUAUCAAGAUAAAUCCGCACCACGCAAAUUCCCUUUUGACCAUAUAAAUUUUGAAAUUGAUACUCAAUACAAUACUGAAAACACAAACGUGUUUCUCGCUAUACCUGAACCUUCGUAUACUUUUCGAUCUAUUUUACAGAUUCCAGAAGAAAGAAACGAGCAACAAAAUCUUCAGGAGGAUGAUAUUGGCAUGUUUGAAAUUGUUCCUUUGUCUUCAACGAGUGAUAUCGAAAAUGACAUGACGAGUGGAAGUGAACAGCUAUGGACCGUUAAGGCUGAGUCGAUGAUUUUUAAUGAUGCUGAUUGCGAAGAAAUAAUUGAAUCUACUACAGUUGAUGUUACGCGAGAAUCACUUUGUUUGGAAACACACCCCGUAUCAUUAAACGGUGAUCUGAGACAGGCAAAUACAAAGCCUGAUUCUCUCGAUCACAUUACAGAUGAUAUUAUAUCGGAGCUUGUGAUUUCAGAUUUCAGUUCUGAAGAAAGCUCACUUUCGACACCGAUUCUCAAAAUGAAUUCAAAUACGUCCCCAACUAAAACAGCUCUUCUAUAUAUUUUGUUAGGUCACGUUAUAUACUAUGUUUAUCUUUCUAUUCAGUGGAUGUUGGACUCAACAGCAAGGACGUCAAUCUUUACUCUGCUGCUCUCUGCAAUUCUGCUGAAUAGGUUCUCAAGUAUUACAAGUCUGCAAGACUAUGCUAAUACUCAAACUAUUAAAUCUUGCGUAAAACUACUUAUUUCUAAAGUUUAUCCUUUAAAUCGUUAAAUAGCAAAGAAAAGAUAAGAAUAACAUAUAAAAAAUAAAGAAAAUUUUAUUGCAUGGUUGGAAAAAUUGAAAUGAAUGAAUAAAUUGAUCACAGGAAAUGAAUCUUUUAUGAAACACAUGUUGCUAAACCCUUUAUUUAGAGCCAUUAAUGAAUAUGAUUAACUAAAACAAGAAUAAAUAAAAUUUCUGAAUGAGCAAAUUUCACAUCAUUAUUAUUAUAAUUUUCUUUAUUGACAAAAGACGAUAAACACCAAAAACCGUAUAUAAACUAUUACUCAUUGAUAAGUGACUUCCACAUUAGUGAGAGAUUCAUAAACUUCUUGAAGAACAUUUCGACGAUUUUCAACUGCGCUAGCCUGUAACGGAUCACGAAGUGGUUUUGGACACCAGACUAGAAUAUUGCCGCUCAUAUCCCCCGUGAAACAUUGUUCUUUGUCUUGACGGUAAGAGACGCAAUUGAUACGCUUCAAAACAUGAGUUGACAGACGCUGCACGAAGGAACCUUCUAAAAGAUUUACCAAUGCCAAAGAUCCAUCGUCAUUAGGAAACAAAACGUACGUGUCGGCAUUUUCCGAGGGAGUCACAAUAUAAGGGUGAACAGCAAAGGAUGUUGUUUGAUUAUGUAUAAUAGGUCCAAAGUCACGUAAAGUAUUUAGUCCUGUUUUCAUAUCCCAAACUCUUAAACGAUCAUCAGUUCCUGAGCUAACAAGAAAAUUACCAUCGUCAGUCCAAGCUAAGCCAUUUACGGUACCAUAAUGAGAUCUUCCCGUCUGUUCUGUUGGCUUGGUUUUGUUAUGUACAUCUAAACAAGCAAAGCUCGCAGAGGCUUUUCGAAUAUCCCAAAGCCGAACCGUACCAUCAGCAGAUCCGGAACCUAAUACAUAAUCAUUUUUCGGGCACCAAGCGACAGACAAUACAUUCCCUGUAUGACCGAUUAAACUGUGAGUAUAACUACCGCUCUGCAUAUCGCAUAAACGAAUAGAGGGCGACCGAUAUGCUGCUACGAAACGUUAGAAUAGGUAAAAAUACAAAUAAAAUAAGCAUGCAUACCGGCAAUCAAACAGUGCGAAGCCACUGGCGACCAGGCAUGCGAAUAUACUAUUUCACCUAUGUUAAAAGAAUAUGCCUCCUGCUCAUCGUAA